AGCAUCUAUAAAGCAUCCUGGGAAUUGCCUGCUCUACGUUCAGUGCAAGCUGGUCACAUGAGUCUGAAUUUUCAGUUCAGUUCAUUAGUCAGCCAUUUUGGUCAACACCCUGCUUACUGCGCACAACCAAUCCUAUUAUCACUCUGUAUCUUGGCUUGUCUGGAGGGGUGAGAGAGCAAGAGAGCCUCGUCGAUUUCUGCAAUUCUGGAUGUGUUUUCUUCAAUGCAUUUUACCAUUUUGGAUUAUUAUUUUUUAAGCAUCUUUAGCAAAUAGUAAACAGAGCUUCUCCUACCCUCUGAAGGCCAAAUUUGCUGUGGUCAUUUACCAGUACGCUGCUUAUAGUCAAACUGAAGAAAAGAGUGUGUCUUGCGGAAGAAAACAGAGGAAGAGACCACAGAGGAGAAGAGGCAUCUUUUCUUCCCUUUGCACUGUGCCUUGCCUUUCUCAGACUUGUGCAGCUGCGUGAUUUUUCAGCGGCUCUUUUUUGACUUAGCAAGGUAUUUCCCCCCCAUCAUCAGAAAGCCUUCCCCCCCUUUUAGCCUAUAUAUUUUAUUUUAUUGUUGUACCAGCUGAGUCAUCAUGUCUGCUCUGACGCCUCAAAGCGAUAUGCCAACCCCCACCACAGACAAGAUCACACAAGCUGCCAUGGAGACCAUCUAUCUUUGCAAAUUCCGAGUGUCCAUGGAUGGAGAAUGGCUCUGUUUGCGAGAGCUGGAUGACAUCUCUCUUACGCCCGACCCUGAACCUACCCAUGAAGACUCUUGGGAGGAUUUGACAGAUUUGGUGGAGCAAUUGCGCGAUGAUACAGAAGAUCCCAACUAUCUCAUGGCUAAUGAACGCAUGAACCUGAUGAACAUGGCUAAGCUGAGCAUAAAGGGCUUGAUUGAAUCUGCUCUUAAUCUUGGGAGAACUUUGGACUCUGACUAUGCACCCCUCCAGCAGUUUUUUGUAGUGAUGGAACAUUGCCUCAAACAUGGCUUAAAAGCCAAGAAGACUUUCCUGGGCCAAAACAAGUCAUUUUGGGGACCUCUGGAGUUGGUAGAGAAGUUUGUCCCUGAAGCUGGAGAAAUCACAGCAAGUGUUAAAGAUCUGCCAGGGUUGAAGACACCUGUGGGUAGAGGAAGGGCUUGGCUUCGCCUAGCUCUCAUGCAGAAGAAGCUUUCUGAGUACAUGAAAGCCUUGAUAAACAGAAGGGAAAUUCUCAGUGAGUUUUAUGAACCUAAUGCGCUAAUGAUGGAAGAAGAAGGUGCCAUAAUUGCUGGUCUUUUAGUAGGUCUGAAUGUAAUUGAUGCAAACUUUUGCAUGAAGGGUGAAGACUUGGAUUCACAGGUUGGAGUUAUCGAUUUUUCAAUGUACUUAAAGGAUGGGAACAGCAGCAAGGGAAGUGAGGGAGAUGGUCAAAUUACUGCAAUUCUGGACCAGAAAAAUUAUGUGGAAGAGCUGAACAGACAUUUAAGUGCCACAGUCAAUAAUCUGCAGGCGAAAGUUGAUGCUUUAGAAAAAUCCAAUACUAAACUUACUGAGGAGCUUGCUGUUGCGAACAACAGAAUAAUAACACUGCAAGAGGAUAUGGAGCGAGUCAAAGAAGAAAGUUCAUAUAUUUUGGAAUCCAACAGAAAGCAGGUACCCAAGCAAGACAGAACUGCAGAUGGACAUGCCCUUAGUGAAGCACGGAAACACUUAAAGGAAGAAACACAGCUGCGGCUGGAUGUGGAAAAAGAGCUUGAGGUGCAGAUUGGAAUGAGACAAGAGAUGGAACUGGCCAUGAAGAUGCUGGAAAAAGAUGUCUGUGAGAAGCAAGAUGCACUGGUGGCACUCAGGCAGCAGCUUGAUGAUCUCAGGGCCCUAAAACUCGAACUUUCCUUCAAGCUGCAGAGUUCUGACCUGGGAGUGAAACAGAAGAGUGAACUAAACAGCCGCUUGGAGGAGAAGACAAAUCAGAUGGCUGCUACCAUUAAACAGCUCGAACAAAGCGAAAAGGAUUUGGUGAAACAGGCAAAAACCUUAAAUAGUGCAGCAAACAAACUGAUUCAGAAGCCCCAUUAGGCAUUUUUUUUGCAGCUGGUCGCCUCACAACUCUUGACAUCUCAGCUCAGUUAUGAGGGGAAAGCAAAAAGAGAUUGAGAAUUUAGAUGUCAGACUUAAAUGUUGUCACCUAAAGUUGACUUGGAAUUUGGUGGAUUUCUUUUUCUUUCUUUUUUUUAAGCAUCUGUUUUGUUUGGAAAUAGAAAAGGUAGCCUAUAAUCUUCUUUCCCUUAGUUAUUUGUUGCUUAAACUUUACUAAACUACAAAUGAUUUGACCAGAACCUACUCCAUAAAAUCAUAAGUAAAAACAGAUUUGUGGGUCUGUACAUACAAUUGAUACCAAGUGUAUACAGCACAAGCUUUUUACUCUUGACAGGAUAUUGGAAAAGUGUGAAGCUUUCCCCCUGAAAAUUCUCAGAUUCGCGGGAAGCUGAGGUAGUUCCCUCUGUUUCCCUGUUGUGAAGUGUAUGAAGAAAAUACACACAUGGAAGUUAAAGCAGUUGGGUGCCUGCUGCAAGCCAUUAACGUUUAGCUUUUCUGUCCCAUUUGAUCUCAAGACCAGGACAAGUUCACGUCGAAAGAACUUUCCAUUAGAAGGGCCUAGUCCUUGUUUACCAAAGGCUUGUCUGCAUUGCACGUUUCCCACCCCCACCCCAACUGUGCAUUUAUCACCAAUUUAUGUAGACGGAAAGUGGGUCUGAUAUGCACAGUGUGCUCAGCACACAACUCAAAGGAUGCACCAGUUCACAGAUAUUGUGCGUCCAACCACCCCAGCUGAAACGGGGCGAGAUUACACUGUUUUGCUUUAUAGCAGAACAAAAUGUGUUUCUGCUUGGACUUGCUCUUUUCACCUUUUCUCAAUUGCAUUUAGAUACAAUUGUCUUGUUCGGCGUCUUUUCCCACCUGCCCAUUCCAACGAUCCCACAACCCCAUUAUUUUGAUAUAAUCCACUGUACAGGGACGUAAGGGAAUAUCCAGAGGAGGGCAGUAAUAAUACAAAACAGAUAAUGCAAACCAAAAUUGUAACAAACUGUAACCAGAAUAUUUUGCAGUGCAAGGACGCACUAAGACAAUGCGCCAAUGCCAGCCCUUUUGCAUUAGAGAAAGACAUAUUCAUUCAACCCCCUCCAGUGACAUGGAUGCAACGCCUAGUCACUAGCUAUAUUUUAAAAUGGAAAGCCCUUUUUGUUUCUGCAUUGCCUUCUACCUCUGCCUUCAUUUCCCUAAAAAAUAAACAGUGGUUCUCUUUUCUAGAAGGACUCUCAUAAUAGGUGUGUGUUAUCUUCUCUUCCUCUUUUAGGAAAGAUGGAAUAAUGUAUUUUGCAGAACAGUUCAUUAUGGUUCUUACCUUGUUUAAGAGGAUGAAUGGAACUGGUAGUGUUUUACUGCUGGUCAGUCAUUGACUCAGAGUAGUUACAACAUACGAUAACUAGAUCGUUAUUGCUUAAAGUUGCCUUUUGAUCUUGUUAACUUUUGAUUCUAAGUGUUUGGUUCAAACAGGGGACUUAGCAAAAGACCGACUAAAACCUAGAAAGCAUAGGAAAACACCUUGCUGGAGCUCAAAAUAACAUUAUUUUUUUGUUUUGGGAUUAAAUUAGGGGUCUUUCUUGUGACUGCAAGAGUUCACUGUGCUAGUCCCUAAACAGCCUUUAGUGUGUAGGGAGUCAUUAUCAAUACUCUUCCAGCUGUCCAAAUUAGUUUUAUAGUUUUAAAUAGUCUGUUGUUCUUUUUUAAGUUCCCUCCCUUGGAAAUCUCCUGUUUUGUGUUCAAGCAAAAUGGGGAAAAUUGACUUUUUAAAAGACGGGGGAGGGGAAUAAUUGGCUGAUUUUAGAAUCUAGGGGGCUGAAUCUUACUCUUGUAUUCCUUGUAAAACUGGCAGAGCAGCAGGUGUUUUGCUCUUUUCCUUUAAAGUAAGAAUCCUUAAGAAUUACACUUUGGUGUGGCAUGUUUGUAAUUGUACCCAGUUAAUUUGGAGCAAUGUCUAUUUAGGCACCAAUUUAAAUUCCAUCCUAAAGUAAACAUGUUUCAUUAAAAUAUCCAAUUUGGUGGCGAGGAUUAUUACAAUGCCACACCCCUCUUGUAGCUAGGAUUUACCUUUCACAUGAGCAAAAGACACUUGGCUGGCUUCACAUAGGCUGCGCUAUGAUUAUCAUGCUUAGAGAGGGCAAGGGAACAAAUACACAGCUUCCGAAUUCUAGCCCAUAAUUCCUUCUGUUUAAAAUGUCCUUUGAAGUGAUGCUUCAGAGUCAUACCUGGUUCCUGCUAGUUGGCUGUAGGAUGCCUUAGUUUGAGUGAGAACAGAGGAUGGUAGCUUAGAAUAAUGGUUGGAAGCGGAAGCUGUCGCCAUCUUAGGCCUUCAGAGAAUGGUCUGGUGGACUUAGUUCUGGUUAAGGAAGAGAAAAUGUUAUUUUGCUGAUUGAUCUUGACGGUGAUUUGCUAAUGAGUCAGUCCCCUCUGUCCCUCUCUUCUCCACACUGUUGGCUUGAAUUGCUGUGCUUCUGCCAGCCACUCACCAAGAAAGGGUCAGGAUGUCGAACUGGGCACAUGAUACAGUUCUUCAUACUGUUGAGAGUUUGUGACAGUGGGAUUCUUUCAAGGAAGUGAUGCCCCCUCAGCAUCCUGAGCUGGUAAAUGGAGGACUGUGCCAUAUGCCUGAUUAAAUCACGUUUGAGUCUGUUUGAAGAUGGUAUUUCAGAGGUGGACGGGAAUAUGUGAUAGCUCCAUAAUUUUUGCUGAGUGACUGCCUCUAUUUGUCCACCCUACAGUUAGGCCACUGUGCUGAGUGUAUGCCACAUAGCUGGUGAAAACAUGCAGUCUGAAAUCAGCCCCUCUGUUGUGAAAGUGCAUUUCUCUCCCUGCCCCCCCCAAUUGCAGUGAUGCCUCAAGUAGAUUGGGAAGCCUAAAUACUUGUCCACGACUUUGUAUCCACUCUGGAUCCAUGUGUGUUUAACCUGAUGUAACAGUUGUGGAAGAGACCAGACAAAUGCACUAAUUUCUUAAUAUAGUAGGUAACCCAUGAUGCAAGUUCCAAUUACUUGUAUAAAGCUGCAAUGUAACGUAAAUUUAAAAGAAAUGACUUACAAAUACUGUGUAAUUGAGAUUUGCUUUGACUAUGGAUAAAAGUGAUGUUUUAUGUUUAUCAUCUAAUGACUGUAAACUGUAGUUAUAGAAUAAAAAAAAUUGAAAAUAGAA